AUGUUCGCAUCUAUGGGUCCCCUGCGGCUCUACCUCCUGAUGUCAAGCUUUAUCUUAGCCUGGUCUCCCCUGGCUACAGCCGCGCCAUACCCAUCAUCUGAAACCACUACCGCCAACGAUGAUCUCGAUAAGCGCUACACCAGUCCUACAGUAAUCUGGCCCGCCAAUCUAACUCGCACACCACUCAAUGUCUUUCGCCAAAUCCUUGAGACCCAGCCGGACCCAGAUCCAGAUCUCAUCAAGGACUGCGUCGCCCUUGACGCAACUUACGUCUCGCUGACUAUCGACAACCCGAACCUGCAUCAGAUCAUGCCCUGGGCCAGAACCCGCUACCGGGUGGGGCCGCAGGCGUUCCUGGACACCUUCACACGUGUCGGACUGUGGUGGACUCGGGGCCCAUUCUCGAUCGAUGUCAUCUUUGCCGAUGGCGGCAAUGUUACCGCCUGGGGGCAGUUUGAGAUUACCUCCAAUACGAUGCAGAAGACGAUUACGGCGCCGUGGUCGGCUCGUGCGGAGGUCAAUGAUGCGGGGAAGAUUACGUAUUUCCAGUAUAUGGAGGACACUUUUGGGACUGCGAGUACCUUUUGGGAUGGUGGGGAAAAGGAGUAUACGGCUGAUCCAUAUGGAGGAAGUGUGUGGCUUUGA